CUAGCCUAGUUUAAUACACACCCAUUUGGACACUGUUGUCCAAUUUAUUACCAUUGUCACCGCUGUUCGCCAGUUCGCCAUGAGCCACAUUAGCACGGCACCUUGCCCACAGCACUAUACGAGUUGCAGCAACUGGUCCUUUAAUUUCAAGCCUGAACAGGUCUGUUGGCGUGUUUUGCAGGCAGACACAGACAAUUAGUUCUUGUUGAUGGGUUAUAAAUUAUGGCUGAAUCACGAAUCACCAUAGUGAAUCCCGACUGCGCUGUUUGUUGUCAACAUUCUUAUGCCAAUGAUCAUUUGGCCCACCAGGGGAAGAAUGAACAACCACUACUGACCCUGAUGGUUUUGUUGUUGGCAGUUUUGCUUGGUGCCAAAAUGAUCCGAGCCAGCUCGGUCUUCUCUCACAAACACCGAGGAGGCUCGGUCUUCUUCUCAUUCAGUCAGACUCCAACCGCUACAGGACCUCGACGCGGACGGACCUGUCGAUUCAGCUCGACGCUGACGGACCUGCCGAGCAGUGAUGGCAUCUCAGGUCGGAGCUCGAGCCCCAAAGCUCGAAAGGAGAGCAAGCUCGCCGAGCCUCCGGAUUGGCUCCCGAAGUCUCCAGAUGAGAAGCCCAAACCUGUGGAAGCGCCUCGUGCGCCCAAAUCGAAUCCCGCGCCGGUGCCCGGCGAGGGCCGAGCAGCAGCACCGUUGCAACAACAGCCUGCUAAAGCCGCAGGCGAUGUGCCCGACUGGCUGCAGGACCUUUUUGGUGGCUCCAAUGCCCCGAGCAACGUGGCGGGGCCCUUGCUGCGGCCAAGAGUACCUCAUAGAGAGGUAAUGGUGCCACAGCAGUGUGUGGCCAGGCUGAUCGGCAAGGGCGGCGAGGUGAUCAUGGGCAUUUGCAAUCAAACAGGUGCCGACGUGAAGAUUCGCCAAGAGACCAAGGAGCUUGGCUAUAGCCUGGCCAUCAUCACGGGGCAUCCAGAUGCCAUGGACGCCGCCGAGCGCUUGGUGAGGCAGAAACUGGGCCUCUCUGGCACGGGCUUUGCCUCCAAGGAGCUGACCGUCCAGUCAGAGCAUGUGCCCACCAUCAUGGGGGCAAAGGGUGGCAACCUGGCACGGAUCCGGCAGCAGGCCGGGAACUUGGCAAUUGAGCUCAGACCUCCUGACCUUCCUGGAAUGGCGCACACAGCCAUCUUGGGGCCUGGCAGCCAGGAGCAGCUGAUGGUGGCUGAGCAGUUGAUUAUGGCAACCCUCGCAGAGGCGGCCGUGGCCACCGCCAUCUCAAAUCGAUGAGGCGAUGAACACCACGAAGCCCCUGCGGCGGAGUUGCGCAUCCCGCGGGAGGGGCGUAGAGAUCGGGGGCUCUUGCCGGGUGCGAAAACCGGAGUAGCGAG